CACCGCAUAUCACUGCAAAUGCUGUCAGCGCUUUGGGCACACCAACAGCAACUACAACAACAUCGGAAGCGAGAGCAGCAGCAGCAACAGCAGCAGCGAACCCAACAACAAGAGCAGCUGCUGCUGAAGUAUGCGCAAAGCCAACCGAAAAGAAGACAGCUGCAAAUCGCGAUUAUGACGACGAUGAUGAGAACGGGAAUGGCAGGAGCAAUGGCAAGAACGAUGAAAACGACCACGCUGGCACGCCGCAGGCAACAAAGCGGACUGUGCCUGCAACGACUACGUCAACGACGAUGA